AUGUGCGUAUACACACAUACGCCUAAAUCAGCGUCCCGUCAUUCCACAGUUACUAUCCUGCAGUGCCGGGUAUACACUCCCAACGUGGAUUACGUAAAGCAGAUAGAGAGCCAAAUCAUUAUCAACCCUGCCUCACGCACGCACUCUCCGUUCGACAUCAGCACCACCGUCUCUGUGACCUCGCCAAAAUCUGUACCGAGGAUGGCCACAGGUGGCAAGAUGUUCCAGGCCCCCAAGUCUUAUCCCCACCUCGAAGAAGAUAAUGCGACAGUCACCCACGACGGCGAUGGUCCGACACCACAUGCGAAUGCCCACUAUAUCACAAAUCUAUACUCAACCAGUCACUCAUCCCAACAACCCACACCACACGAUUCAGUACACGCACUCCCGUCCUUGUUUUCAGGGUCACAGUCACUGCCAGUAGGCACCCAGGCCCAGAACACACAGAUGGAUACGCUAAGGCAAUCGCAUGCGAACUCGCCGCACCCAUCGGUUACCGUUCAGGGCACUAGCUCACCUCCCAAGCCGCCAACACCCCCACACUCUG